AUGAGGCGGCCGACGCGGCGGCUGGCGCUGUCUCUGCUGGGGGUGCUCUGGCUCGCCGCCCUCCUCCUCUUCUUCUUCGGGGCGCGGAGGAAGUUGGAGGCGGCGGAGCCCGAGGGACACACGCCGGAGGAAUCGGACGUGGACUGGGACGACCUUUGGGAUCAGUUUGAAGAGCGGAGGUACCUGAGUGCCCGGAGGUGGAAGGGCGGCGAGGACCCGUACCGGCUCCAUGCCUUUAACCAGCGGGAGAGCGAGAGGAUCCCCAGUGACCGCGCUGUCCGCGACACCCGCCAUCACAGGUGUACGACUUUGCACUACAGCCAGGACCUCCCGCCCACCAGCGUGGUCAUCACCUUCCACAACGAGGCCAGGUCCACCCUGCUAAGGACAAUUCGGAGCGUGCUGAACCGCACCCCGGUGCACCUCGUCCAUGAAAUCAUACUCGUGGAUGACUUCAGUGAUGACCCUGAUGACUGCCGCUUGCUGGGCCAGCUCCCCAAGGUGAAGUGCUUGCGGAAUGGACGGCGGGAAGGUCUGAUCCGGUCCCGAAUCCGAGGGGCAGAUGUGGCAAAAGCAGGUGUCCUGACAUUCCUGGACAGUCACUGCGAGGUGAAUAAGGACUGGCUGCUCCCUCUGCUGCAGAGGAUCAAAGAGGAUCCCACCCGAGUGGUCAGUCCUGUUAUUGACAUCAUCAACCUGGACACUUUUGCCUACGUGGCAGCUUCCUCAGACCUCAGAGGAGGUUUUGACUGGAGUCUGCAUUUCAAAUGGGAGCAGCUUUCCCCGGAGCAGAAAGCCAAACGACUUGAUCCCACCGAGCCCAUUAAGACACCCAUCAUUGCUGGGGGGCUGUUUGUGAUCGACAAGGCCUGGUUCAACCACCUGGGGAAGUACGACAGUGCCAUGGACAUCUGGGGUGGGGAGAACUUUGAAAUCUCUUUCCGUGUGUGGAUGUGUGGAGGGAGCCUGGAAAUCAUCCCCUGUAGCCGUGUUGGACACGUCUUUCGGAAGAAACAUCCGUACGUCUUUCCAGAGGGAAAUGCCAAUACAUACAUUAAGAACACCAAGCGCACGGCCGAGGUGUGGAUGGACGAGUUCAAGCAGUACUACUACGCCGCCCGGCCCGCAGCCCAGGGGAGGCCUUUUGGGAACAUCCAGAGCAGAGUGGAGCUGCGGAAGAAGUUGAAAUGUCACAGCUUCAAGUGGUACCUGGAGAACGUUUAUCCCGAACUUCGGAUUCCCGAGGAGUCGCUCUAUCAGACUGGGAUAAUCAGGCAAAGGCAGAGCUGCCUGGAAUCACACAAGUCUGAAGACCAAGAGCUCCCCAUCCUGAGCUUAAAUCCUUGUAACAGCAGCAAGGGCGCAGUACCAAAGGCACAGGAAUGGACGUACACAUACAACCACCAUGUCCGCCAGCAGCAGCUGUGUUUGUCUGUGUACACCCUCUUCCCUGGUUCCCAGGUGCUGCUGUCACCUUGUAAAGAAGGUGACAAUAAGCAGCGCUGGGGCAAGGUCGGGUCACACAUUGAACACAUAGCUUCACGCUUCUGCUUGGACACGGAGACCAUCGGGGACACGAACGAGAGCAUUAAAGAGCUCGUCAUCAACCCCUGUGAGAGCACAGCCAUGAGCCAGCGCUGGGACAUGGUCAUGUCUUGACCUGCUGCGGGAUGUGCACGGAAGGGACGGCUGAGAUGCACCAGAUGGGGUUCAAAUCCAAACCAUUGGGGGUCCCUGUGCUUUGUGGGACAGGAGGAGAAUCAUUCCAAUAAAAAUGGGACACGGCACUCCAGGUGAAGCAGCGGGUGUUGACCGCCAGGCACGCAGCUGGUGUUGGCCUGGUGAUGAUCAAGGAGGAGGGAUGGCAGAAAAACAAGUUUGAAAUGUUUUAGAGGGGCACCUGGGCUCCUGCAAUGGGCUGUACAGAACUUCAGCAUGCACAGCAUUGGUUAAUCUCCCUGGAAACACGGGUAGAAGAGCCUUCAAUGCCUAAAGGAGACUUGGGCUGAGCAAAACAAGCAUCUCAGUAGUUCUUGGGGGUCGAGGUGGGUGCACAAGGUGGGAUGCACCAAGGGAUGCUCAGAAACAUCGCCGGAGAUCAAGUGGAAGACACUGAACUAUUUUUGCACUUUGCUGUGGAUGUUUCUGUCUUCUGCAGACAGCGUGGGUGGAGCUGUGUUGCACAUUUGAAUUGGUACGUGAUCCAUGUCCGUGUUGUGUAUACAGAGGCAGAGCAAUCCUUGAUGGCUGUGGAUCAGAACGGCGAGUGAUGGGGGAAUCCUACUCUGCGCUAACUGCACACGGUGCUUGUUGCAUCUCCAAAGCCCAAGCAAACAGAGGAUUCACUGCGUGAGAUUAAAGGAUAUAAAUUUCUCUCAAGCUGUGAGGAAAGGCAGUAACGUGAUUAUUUCUCCUCUCUGAAGGCCGUGGGUUGCUGAAAACUCCCCUAAAAUUCUGCUAUGGGUCUCUCACUUCUCUGCUUCAGAUCUGGACUAAUUUAAAUAUUUUCACUUUUCUUCCAUAAAAGUAAUAUUUUUGGUAAUUGAAGGUAAUUGUGUCAUAUUUCUGUUUCCCAAUUUCCAAACUACAGAUGAAGGGACUCCCAUAAAGUGCUGCUACUGAUGGAAUGGUGAAGGUUUAAUUUUUAAUUAAAUUAGAGACUGCUCCAAGAAAGGAAAAGGGUUAUUACCUGUGUUUGUUUCCCAGUUACCUUGUAGCCCACAAUGUACUGAAGGAAAGGUUUGGGAUUCCCCAUUCAUACCUGCGAGCAGGGCAGCCUGGGCCACGAUGUAACUCUCUCUCAAAGUCACUUGGCAUAGUCAGACCAGGCAAAAAUUAUUUCCUCAGCUUUUGGAGAUAAGUCUUUUACCAGAGAUCGUAUCAGGUGCUGCCACUGUGUGGGAGUGAGGUGACUGCCUGAGGAGAGUAGGACAGACAACCUCAGGAGGGGUCAUAGGACUAGAAGACUGGAAGGUCCAGCCUGUCUUUCAGGGCAGCUGUCACUACUGCCCCAGGUAACAGGCUGUG